AUGUUGAAGCUCACCCCUCUCAAGCUGCAAAACCAGCUGCACAAAUUUAUACAGUCUAAUCACAUCCAUGGCAACGCCCGUAGCAAACCCACAAAAAAACCACGCCCUCACAAGUUCACAAAAAAUCAGCUCCGACCACCCAUCCCGUUUCUCGACAAUCUCAAACAAUGCAAAAACCCCGACGAAUUCCUCUCCAUUUUCCACGAUUUCAACGAAAUGGGUUACAAACACGAUUACCCUUCUUACGCUUCUCUCGUCUACAAGCUCGCUCGCGCCAGAAGAUUCGACGAUGUCGACGCCGUCCUCAAUUUUAUACGGACUCACGACAUUAGAUGCGGCGAGCCUAUGUUUAUCGGAUUGAUUAGGCAUUACGGGAAGGUCGAUUUGAUCGACAAAGCAGUCGAGGUUUUCCGCGAGAUGGGAAAGUCGUAUAACUGCGCGCGCACGACGCAGUCGUUCAACACGAUUUUGAAUGUUUUGGUCAACGGCGGGCGGAUUUCUGAUGCGACCGAGUUGUUCGCGAAGGGGCCGAAGAUGGGAUUCAGGUUGAAUUCGGUUUCUUAUAAUGUAAUGAUUAAAAUGUGGUUGGGGAAUGAUGACUGGGAGAAGGCGAUGAAGGUGUUCGAUGAAAUGCUUGAGAGAGAAGUGGAGCCUACAGUUGUGACUUACAAUUCUCAAAUUGGGUUCUUGUGCAAAAGGGGUGAUGUGGAUGAGGCGAAAACGUUGUAUGAGGAUAUGAGGGCGAAGGGAAGGCGAGGAAAUGCAGUUACAUACGCUGUAUUGAUGGAAGGUUUGUGCUCUUUAGGUAGGUUCAACGACGCGAAGAAAUUGAUGUUCGAUAUGGAGUACCAUGGAUGCAAAGCCGAGCUUGUGAACUACGGCGUUUUGAUGACUGAUCUUUGCAAAAGAGGAUUGAUUGAUGAAGCAAAAGGGUUGCUUCUUGAGAUCAAGAAGAGGAGGAUUAAGCCGGACGUGGUGAUGUAUAACAUAUUGAUUGGUUGUUUGUGCAAAGAAGGUGAGGUCUCAGAGGGGUAUAAGCUCUUGGUUGAGAUGCAGGUGAAGGGAUUGAAACCAAAUGCUGCCACUUAUAGAAUGGUGGUUGAUGGUUUCGUUAGAGUUGAGGAUUUUGCAGGCGGUUUGAAGGUGUUGAAUGCGAUGCUUCAUAGCGAUCAUUCUCCACGAGUUGAAACUUUUCGUUGUUUGUGUAGUGGCUUGUUGAGGUGUGGGAAAACGGAUGAAGGCCGGUUUGUUUUGGAGGAGAUGCAGAAGAGGAAGAUGAACUUAGGGCAUGAUUUGUGGGAGGUUUUAGCUGCUGAUUUAUGCAAGGAUGAUAAAUUUGCAGUUGAGUGUUUAUCUCAUGUUAUUGCUUCACUUUGAUUAUUUAUAAGUGGUGUGUUAGUCUGAUGAAGGAAGGUUGAUUAAUUCAUCAAACAACACUAUUUUCAUU